AUUUUUGUCCUCAGCGCGCCGAAGGGUGACCGGGGUGGUGGGGGCGGCGCGAGGAAGCCUCGAGUCGCGCGCUCAACCGCCCGCCUCGCCUCGCUUCCCUUCCGUCCGUUUUUUAUUUUCUUUCCCCCCCCCCAAUUCUUCUUCUUCUUCUCCUCAGCCAUGCUGGCCGCCGCCCGGCUCCUCCGCAGCUGCGCCGCUCCCGCCCUGCGCGGCCUGGCCCUGAGGACGCCCGCUGCGGCAGCACUACCUCUGCGUUGCUAUGCUCACAAAGCAGAGAUCACAGAUGAAGAACUGGACGCUCGCUGGGUGAUGUUCUUCAACAAACCUGAUAUUGAUGAUUGGGAACUCAGGAAAGGUAUUAACACCUUAGUCGAUGCAGACAUGGUUCCUGAACCAAAAAUUGUUGAUGCGGCUUUGAGGGCAUGCAGGCGGCUAAAUGACUUUGCUACCACAAUCCGCAUCUUGGAAAUGGUAAAGUACAAAUCGGGCAGAUACAGGGAUAUAUAUCCAUACGUUAUCCAGGAACUUAGACCAACUUUGAAUGAAUUGGGAAUUUCAACUCCAGAAGAACUUGACAUGGACAAAGCAUAAACUUAACAAUGGACUUCCCAUGAGAAUACCGUUAAGGUUCUGUGACUGUACAACAAUUACCUGGAUAUUAUAGACAUUAUAAUUACUUAUUUGAAAUCACUUCUUCCUUUUAUUGAGUCCUGGAUAUGUAUUGUGAAGUUGACCUAAUAAAGAGGAAAUGGUUUGAAUUGA